AUGACGGAGACAUUAGAAGCCAUCGUGGAUAAAAGACUUGCCCAACUAAAUGAUGCAGAACAAAGCUUUGAUAAAGAUAAUAAAAUUCUGGGUCCCAAGAUCCAAAGGGCACCUACGUUUCUGCGACAAAAUGACAAGUGUGCUAAAUAUUUCUCCCCAAAGAUUAUCUCAUUCGGUCCCAUUCAUCACGGCAGUCAAAGUCUCAAGCAAGGAGAGCGUUACAAGCUUCUAUGGACAUCGAAAUUUGUUGCCGAAAAUAGUGAAAAAAUCAAUCAAGAUAAAGACGUAGCAGCUAAACUUUUGCUCAAAAGGUUAGAAGAUAAUAUGGAAGAAUUGAAGACGUUGUUUACUGAGGAUGCAAUCGAAGGUUACAAGGACAAUGACCUGGUUUGGAUUUUGUUUGUUGAUGGAUGUUCUUUGCUCCAUUUCAUGGAAAAUUUUGACGAACACCGUCCUGAAUCACUAAACCUGAAGUUUGACCAACUAAUGUAUAUGUGGAGAGAUAUGUUGUUGUUGGAGAACCAACUUCCAAGGAGAUUACUUGAGAUGCUAAGCCAUAAGAACGUGGAAUAUUUCAUGAGCAAUUACUGGGACUCUGGUAAAACCAAACUAUGUGGAAUGACAAUGAUCUCAAUUCAAAAUUCUAAACCAAUUCAUUUACUCGAUUAUAGUCGUUCAUUGUACCUGUCAACCAUGAAGGGGUUUCCCACCGACAAAUACAGUGAGAUGGAGGAUAUAAAUAUAAUCCUAAACCAACAACAACAUGAUGCUGAUGAAUGCAAUAUUCAAAUCGAUCCCAUUUCAGGUUGGCAUACUUAUAAGAACAUACGAGAUCUUAAAACAGCAGGGAUUCGAGUGAUGCCAAUGGCAGAUGAGUCAGACUAUGAUGCAUGGAGAUGGAAUAACGUGUCUUUCACUCCUAAGUGGUUUAGUGGCGAAUUGAGGCUCCCAGUGUUUGUGUUCAACGAUGUCACGCCUUAUAUAUUUUGGAACUUCAUAGCAUAUGAGAUGUGUCCAGAUGUUCGUUAUAACUAUGAAUGUUGUUCAUUCUUUUCUUUCAUGGAUUCAUUGAUUGACACUGCUGAGGAUGUGAAGGAGCUUAGAUUAGCUGGUGUGUUUCAAAACUUGCUGGGAACCGACGAAGAUUUGGCCAAGCUCUUUAACGAAUUGGGUGAUGAUUUGCCAACUAAAAUGUACUGCGACCAAUUCUACACUUGUGCAGUGGCCUACAGCAAGAAAUAUAUUUUCGUGAAGGAUCAAAUUGAAAAGCAUUACAGAAAUAAAUGGAGGACAUGGUUGGCUCAAGUUUACAAUACUCAUUUCCAUACUCCAUGGGCCAUGAUUGCCUUUUUAGCUGCAUCACUUGCUUUGCUUCUCACUUUUAUCCAAACCUGGUUCGCCAUACAUCCUAAAAAUUGA